AUGAAGAGCUUCACUGCCACCGCUGCUGCUCUUGCGGCCCUCCUCCCUCUGGUCCACGGCCAUGGCUUCGUCACCAGCCCUAAGCCCCGUAUGCCCGGUGCUGCCAUGAAGGCUGCCUGUGGUAACCAGGUCGAGAUCAACCAGCAGUCGGACAACUAUGGCAACAUCCAGGGUGAACUCCAGAUCGCUGCCAACCAGAACGACUACAAUGCUGCCGAGUGUGACAUCUGGCUGUGCAAGGGUUACAAGCUCGAGGACAACAUGGACAAUGUCUACUCCUACACUGCUGGUCAGACCAUCGACUUCAAGGUCGCUAUCCAUGCUCCCCACACCGGUGUCGCCAACGUCUCCGUCGUCGACACUGCCAGCAACUCCGUCAUCGGCCAGCCCCUGAUCUCCUGGGACGUGUAUGCCUCCGUCGCAACUGGUGUGAAGGCGGACGAGACUAGCUUCAAGGUCACUCUCCCCGAUAACCUGGACUCCAAGUGCUCCACCGCCGGUGCCUGUGUGCUCCAGUGGUACUGGUUCGCCGAGUCCAUCGACCAGACCUACGAGUCCUGCAUUGACUUUACUGUCGGUGGUGGCUCCGGCUCUGGCUCCGGCUCUGGCUCCAGCUCUUCCGCCUCUACCACUUCCAUGCCUGCUGCUGCUCAGACCACCGCCGUCGCCCAGAUUUCUUCCUCCAUCCAGCCUUUGACCACCCUUGCCACUCAGGCUCGUCAGGGUUCCACCCCAACCUCGGCUGCCAACUCGAACGGUGCUACAGUUCCUGCCGGUGCCAUUCCCACCGACUCUGCUCAGGACACUCUGGAUUACGUCCGCGCUGUCUUCAAGUACCUCGCUGGCAACUAA